AUGAUUGAUUACAAUGUACCAGGAGGGAAACUGAAUCGAGGUCUAUCAGUGAUUGAUAGUUACUUGCUGUUGAAACAAGGAAGUGAGAUUACUGAAGAUGAAUUUUUCCUUGCUUGCGUCCUUGGUUGGUGUGUUGAGUGGUUUCAAGCAUGUGCACUGCUGCUUGAUGAUAUCAUGGAUGGUUCACACACGAGGAGAGAUCAGAUUUGCUGGUACCGACGACCCGAGGUUGGUCUUUGGGGUAUAAACGAUGGUAUUCUACUUAAAUGCCACAUUGCACGUUUGAUCAAAAGAUACUUUAGAGAAAAAACUUACUACAUUGAUAUCUCUGAAUUAUGGAAUGAGGUAGCUCUGCAGACAUCUCUAGGACAGAUGCUUGAUCUUAUUAGCACACAUAAUGGGGCAGAUGAACUUGCAAAAUACAAUAUAGAAGGAUACCGCCGUAUUGUCAAGUACAAGACAUCUUACUACUCCUUUUAUCUCCCUGUUGCUUGUGCGUUGCUGUUGUCUGGUGCAAAAUUGGAAAACUUCAGUGAGCUAAGGGAUAUACUUAUUGAAAUGGGUGUAUAUUUUCAAGCACAGGAUGAUUACUUGGAUUGCUUUGCGGAUCCUAACACCAUAGGCAAGAUUGGGACUGACAUUGAGGAUCACAAGUGUUCCUGGUUGAUUGUACAAGCUCUUGGCCAUGCCAAUAUUAACCAGAUAGAAGUAUUGCUUAAAAAUUAUGGGAAGAAGGAUUCAACCUCGGUUUCAAAAGUGAAAAGUACUUACUCGACUCUUGAUUUGAAGGACAUGUUCUCCGAGUUUGAGGAUCGAGCUUACAAGCACUUGGUCACAUCAAUCGAAGCUCAGCGUGACCGCGCGGUGCAGGAGAUCCUGAAAUCGUUUCUGAAGAAAAUCCACCGAAGGAAGAAGUAA